AUGUAUACACCAACUGAAGGUGAUUUGGUGAGUGUGAUUCAGCUGCUUCACAAUAAUGGUGUCGAGGUGUCGAAUUCAAAGGCGGCAUACGCUCAGCUCAAGCAGUACGAGUCGAACCCUGCCUUUUGUAUUCUGCUUUCCACUGUUUUCGGAGCAGAGACAAAUCCUGUGGCGGAUAUGGUGCUCCCGGUUCCGUGGGCUCAGUAUCGACAACUCGCUGGAAUCACGCUAAAAAACAAUCUGACAUCUGCCCGUCAUGCCCUUGGCGAAGGCGCGGUGAAGGAAGCUGCGCGUUUUGCACUGAAGUCGCUGACUAAUCCGCCCGAUAUGCGAAUAGCCCGAACUUCGGCGCAAGUGGUUGUAAAGGUAACGGCGUUGACAUCACUUGAAUGGUGGAUAGGCUCGGGGGUUGGUGAUCUUCCAAGCAUUUUGCUGAACGAUCUGCUUCCAGGCGGGGAAUCGAAAACUCUCGCCGCACUGUACUGCCUUCAGUACCUCGUGGAAGAUGUGCCCAAGCAAAUAGGCGAAUCUAGCGAGCACAUUAUUCUGCGCGUUUCCCAGCUUGCUGCUUCCCAGAGUGCUCCGGUGACGAUAAGAAAAGCUGCCUUUCGUAUGUGUUUCAACAUUUACGAGCAAGCGUCACUCCUCGACUGGAAUGUCGACACACUUUCCCCACUACAGAUGGGUCUGUCAAAAGCCAGCCACAGCUUGUCAAGCGUGUGCACAUCCCUACUGGAGUGUUCGUGUGGUGGGGAUUCGGCGUUCGUGAUUCUCGUUUUGCGUACCUGCUCAUUUCUCCUGGACUACUUCGACUUUUUCGGUCAGAUGAGUCCGAACGAAAUGCAGAGGUAUACAAACUGGUGGAUUACUAAUUCUGCUCAAAUUAUUUGCAGUAGUCAGAACAGCAUCAGUGGAAAUCAGGAGCUGGUCGCCGCAGCGAUUGAUUUGAUAUCCACCACCGUGGAUUUGUAUGAUCGCAACGGUGGGGAAACGGCUGUUGCUUUUCUCGUUUCUGGUGUGCCACAGCUAAUUUCCUCCUUAGCUCCAGCCCUUGUGCGGUACGCGCUACUGUCGGCAGAGGAGGUGGCAAACAUCAUGGACACAGACGACUACCGUGUUCGGGAUAGCACAGCUGUCAGUUUUGAAGUGAAGGGUGGAACAAAGGAUAUUUCGGAGGACGACAUGCUGGACGAUGAUGCAGCUGCCAUGACGCUACGUAGCUCUGCUUUGAAAUUAGUAGAUGUGCUCAGCACGUUCUCAAGUGACGCAACAUACCAGGCUUUCAUCGGUCCCAUUCAGCAGCUGUGGAGCAGCAGUGAAUGGCGUGAGAGGGAGGGCGGUAUCGUUCUUGUUGGCACGAUCGCCAACGGAUGCACUCAUGAGCUGCGCGCAGUGCUCGACUCUUUAGUGGAUCAAUUUGUUCAGUUUAUCAGCAAUCAGUCUGAGCAUGUCUGUGUUGUGAGCAUUGCUAUGUGGUCUCUGUCGCGGAUAAGUGAAACUGUCCUGAAUUCGUCCCCUCGCACGAUGAAUACGAUUAUUCCACUCCUUGCCUCGAGAUUGCAGAGCACAAGCAAGCGGAUUCAGAUCACGAGCGUCAGUGCAUUAAAUGUGGUUUACGGAGUGUUGGAGAACUACGGAAGCACAUCUAUGGUCAUGCCUCACUUGCCAUUGUUGUUAGAGUCGGCCUGCGCGUGCCUGUCGGUGUAUUCGACGACCAAUCUAUCCCUCUUGGUUGAUUUUCUGAACAAGCUCAUUAGCCUUCUCAAUGACCGGGCAACAGCCGAGAGACUCUCUUCUCUACUUCAGGGUGAGAGGGCAAACCGCGCAGCAUUGUUCGAGCAGUCUUAUUCGGCAAUGUACAUUCGAGAGGAGCCGAAUAUUCUACUAGACAAAGACAUUUUCUCACUGGAUCGUGCAAUGAUUGCUUUCAUCUCGGUCUACCCUAGCAACGAGGUGGCGGUGGCGAAUUUGAGCACGUGGAACGGCGUACUUGCAGACAUCAAAAACCGGAACGUAACGGAUGACGCGGACCUUGUUUUCAAUACACUGCUCAUCUGCAGCGCAUACACCAAUUCAGUCUCAACGACGAUUCUUGAGGAGUGGCUGAGGUCAACAUCGUGGGGUUUGCCAGUUUCUGCUGCUCAUUUCCUGACGACCUCGCGAAUACACGAAGUGAAGGUAGCUGGAAUCACAAUUUUAUGUGGGCUCCUUCGCGCUGUUGGAUCGGGUGCACUGCCUACCGGCCUCCACGACACUCUCCUGAGGUGGGCCACCGGCGAAGUAUCUGAAGCCGAGGAUCCGAAAUUCAAGGAGCAUCUUGUGCGGCUCAUUGGGCAGGCUACAUCGUGCUACCCCGGCCAGUUGUCUACAGUUGCGACGGAGGCUUUGAAGUCUGCAAACGCUGCGUUGCGAAGUGACGUCUUUGGGGACUCCUCUUACUACUUUUCGGCUAUGGCUUUUGAUCUAUGUGGCGCACUGGACGCAGUUCCAAACUAUGCGGCCUUGUUUCGCAUUGAUACAAUGUCACAACUCAUGGCGCAGGCGGAGAACACAGUCGACAAAUCAGAGGCUACCAUUCAUCUCUUCCAGGCACUGGUCCAACUGCCGGCAGACGUUUUCUCAGGGGUCUUUUCUUCUGCCAUCAAGAUUGUGUACAGCUGGCAGCAGGCUGCAGUAAACUACCCUGGAACGAAGGAGGCCAUUCAAUCGUUUUUGUUUCAUGCCGGCAAGACGUGCCCUGCAAUUUUUCAGUCGAUUCUCGAGGGUCUUCCUGCGGCUUUCCGAAACAUGCUCGUAUCCUUUUAUCAGCUGCAGUGA